AUGGGACCAUCUGUCAUUGAUAUUAUAUUACUUGUCUUCAAGAUUUUUUCAAUAAUAUUUUAUUUACUAUUAAUGUGGUUUAUAUUCCGAAAAGGUUCCAAAGAAGAUUCUGAUUCCAAUAAAACAUUUUACAUAACAUUCAUAAUUAAUGGUUUUGUGGAUAGUUUUGAUAUAUUAAUGAUGACCUUUUUACUAGAUAUUUCUAGUUGGGGUUGGUUUUCUGAUUACUUUAAAUUUAAUGAAGCUUUUAUUCAUUGGUCACCCAUUUUUUCAUAUCUUCCAAUUUUCUGGUGUGAAAUGGGAAACCUUAUUAUAGUCAUUAAUCGUUUUGUUGCAUUAAAUUUUCCAAUUGCAUAUAAAAUAUAUUGGAAUUGGAAAAUUUUGUUACUAUUUAUUUUUCUACAAUUUUCUAUUCCAUUAGCAGUAUUUCAUUACUUAAUUGGAGAAAAAACUAAAUUAAACUAUCUCUCAUUAUCGGAUAGGUAUAGCUUGCCAAUGGCACGUUCUGAAGUUUCUCAACGAAACAAUAUAACUGCAACAAUUUUUACAAUUAUAAUCUUUAUAUUAACUUUUUUUAUGUCUCUUUUCAAUGUAAUACAAUUUAGAAAAUUUAUAAAAAAAAGAAAUGAAAAAAGUGCAAUAUUACCUUUUAUAUUGUAUUGUUUAUUUGUGUGCCUUUCAAUGUUGUUCUUGGCUGUAGCUUAUACAACAAAAAUGAUUGGUACUAUUGUUGGUAAUGAAUAUAUUAGAGCUAAUGCUCAAAGUUAUGUAACGGCAUCUAUGCUAUGUAUGACAAUUAUCCACCCAUACUUACUUUUGUUUAUAAAUGAACGUUUACGUAAAAUGUUUUUUAUCUAUUAUUCUUUAAGAUUUUCAAGGGGCAGUGUAAAUGCUACAACAAGUAUUCACGCUUCAAGACAUAUUCACAAUAUAAGGAGAAUAUAG